UAACUAGCGUGCGUAUUAAUUCCAGGUUUAUUGUAGAAUGGCGGCAGUGUCGUGCAUGGUGCUUGGUGGUGCCUGGCAGUAGUGACUGUGCAGUCGUAUAGCAUUGUUGCGUUUUGGUGAAACAAUGAGUCGGAGAAGACAGUUUGAAGAAGACGAUGAUGACGAUUUUCGUCACCGGAAGAGGAGGAGGGUCAGCUCCGAACCGAAAGAAAUCGAGGAUCGUUUGGAAUCCCUCAUAAUGCGCGUUGGUGAGAAGAGCACAUCAUCUCUGGAAAGCAACUUAGAAGGUUUGUCGGGUGUCUUGGAUGCAGAUCUGCCAAGCUACAAGGGAAACAUUCUCAGCAUUUUAGUAGAGUGUGCUGUAAGGAUGCCAGAGAAGACAACAAUUUAUUCGACGCUGAUAGGACUCUUAAAUGCCCGGAACUACAACUUCGGCGGUGAGUUUGUGGAGCUCUUAGUGAAGAGCUACAAAGAGUCUUUGAGGGAUGGAAAAUUAGAGGAUGCCAGAAUGACUGUGCGAUUCUUUGCUGAUCUUGUGAACUGCCACGUGAUCUCCGUUGGAUCUGUAGUCAAUUUGUUUGAAAACCUAGUGGAAGUAACCAUGGAGGAGGGAAUCCCACAGGUUCGAUCGGACUGGUUUGUGUACGUUGUGCUCACGUCUCUGCCAUGGGUUGGCAGAGAACUGUAUGAAAAGAAAGACCAAGAGCUGGAUAGACUAUUAAGGCACAUUGAUGAAUACAUUAGCAAACGACAGAAGAAACAUGUUCCAGCCCUACGUGUCUGGCAGUCUGAUGUACCACAUCCACAAGAAGAGUGCUUAGACAACCUGUGGGCUCAAGUGUGCAAGCUACGUAGUGACAAGUGGGUAGAGAGGCACAUCACAAGGCCCUACCUAGCAUUCGAUGGAGUGUUGUGUGAAGCCCUACAGCACACCCUUCCCCCACUACCUCCCCCUGCAUAUAGUCCACAGGACACCUAUCCCUUCCCCACAGUUAUUUUUCGCCUCUUUGACUACACUGAUUGUCCAGAGGGCCCUGUCCUACCAGGAGCACACUCUAUUGAACGGUUCCUCAUAGAAGAACAGCUACAUCGUACUAUUGAAGAGCACCACGCGAACAGGAAGGAAUGUGCUGCACAGUUGCUCAGUUUCCCAGCAAAGCACAAGAUUCCACUGGAGUACAUGAUCGUUGAGGUGAUAUUUGCUGAGUUGUUCAACUUGCCCACAUCGAGGUACAUAGAAAUCUGCUACGGCUCCUUACUGUUAGAACUGUGCAAGUUGCAACCAAGCACCAUGCCUCAAGUUCUCGCACAAGCUGUAGAGCUGCUUUAUGAGAGAUUGGACACCAUGAACGUGGACUGUGUGGACAGGUUCUGCAGCUGGUUCGCCUACCACUUGAGCAAUUUCCAAUUCCGUUGGACAUGGGAUGAUUGGAGUGAUGCUGCUUCCCUCGAUCCUCUUCAUCCCAAGGCACUGUUUCUCAGGGAGGCUCUGCACAGAUGCCUUAGGUUGUCAUACCACCAGCGAAUUGUCGACUUUGUUCCAGAUACUUUUACACCAUUCAUUCCUGCCAAACCACAACCAGUCUACAAAUAUGGUGACGAAGGAGUAGAAUCCUUACCAGGCGGAUCUUGUGUUGCGCAGCUGACAGCAGCCAUCAAAUCCAAGUGUACACCUGAAGAGGCCCUGGAUGCUCUGACAGAUGUUCCAAACCCCCUCCAGGAAGACGACAUGGAGCCAAUGCACAAUCCCCUCAAGAUUGACAUCUUUGUCCAAACGUUGUUGCACAUUGCGAGCAAGUCCUUUUCGCAUGCUUUUGCAGGAAUUGCAAAAUUCCACUACACAUUCAAGCAGCUUGCUCCGACUGAAGAAGCGCAGAUUUGUGUCCUGAGAAGCAUGUAUGACAUUUGGCACAACCAUCAACAGAUGAUGAUUGGCUUGGUAGACAAAUUCCUGAAGACUCAAAUUGUGGAAUGUUCUGCUGUUGCCAACUGGAUCUUCUCGAAGGAGCUCCUCGCAGAUUUCACAAAGUCUUACAUCUGGGAGAUCUUGCACCUGACUAUCCGAAAGAUGAUUAAGCACGUCAAAAAGCUUCAGGCUGAACUGGAGAGUGCAAAGAACAAUUCACAGAAGGAGGAAAUGGAUGAUAGCCCUGCAGAUGAGCUCGUUGAACGAAUGGAAGAGAAGCUGGAGGCUACUCAGAGUGACUUAAAGAAUCUUUUCCUCAUCAUUUUUCAGCGUUUCAUUAUGAUUCUAACGGAACACAUCGUCCACUGUGAGUCUGAAGGCAUAGACUUCAAUACGCACUGGUUUCGUUGGACAUUGGGAAGAUUGCAAGAAGUAUUCUUUCAGCACCAUGAGCAUGUAUUCAAGUACGUGACAACACUCGAGUCUCUCGUGUUCACAACCGACAUAGACUCUCACGUCUUGGGAGUCUUUCAGCAGUUUGCAGCUCUGCGGGCAUAGGGAUCCUUCCAUCACCAUCCUUGUACUUGUCACGGGCAAUGGUAGACAAUAAAGUCAUCCAUCAUGAUCUAUUUAA